AUCUCUUCAAUAAAUAUGGUGUUUUUCCAUUUUUAUACAUCGCCAAUGUUCCAUACAAACCUACAUGAAAUUACUCUGCGGAAAACUAACUUCACCGGCCAAGCGUUAAAAAUCCACUAACCCUUAUUCGGAAUAUUAAUGGAAACAAUAAAACGCAAGAUUCAGCAUUUGCGCAUUUGAGGUCUUCAACCCCCUUCGAGGGAGGAAAAUUCGAUAUUCCAACCUUAAACUUUGGCGACUGUUUACCACUUAAAUCAAGGUUAAAGUGGUCAUUUUAGAUUCUUUACCAUUCCGGUACACUAAAACAAAGCAACUUGGAUGUACGAAAUGGAUUACUUUAAGGAAACGGAAUGUCCUUUAUUAGACACAGAAUGGAAAUUAAGAGCCGAAAAGGAACUGAAUGAAACCAUGGAAAAUUAUAUGUUGGAAAUGCAGACGCUUAAAAAACUUGUUUUAAAUGAUCCGAAUCUCACAGUGCCUAAUACCCAUGAGUUUUUACUUAGAUUUUUAAGAGCCAGAAAGUUUAACAGUGCUAAAGCCUUUGAAAUGGUCCAAAGAUACUACUUAAUGAAAUUAAAGUGCCCUGAACUAUUUAGUUGCCCUUUGCCUUCAGAAUGUUCGAAAACCUUCGACCUUCAGGCGCAGAACAUGUUACAGCAUAGAGAUCAAUGGGGUAGAAGAAUUUUUGUUAUACGUGUAGACAGUUUCGACUCGUCAAAAGUAAGUAUAGAUGACAUAUUUAGGACCAAUAUUCUCGCCUUGGAGCAUAUAGUGCGAGAGCCAGAAACUCAAAUAGCCGGCUUAGUGGUCAUCUUGGACAUGGCUGGCCUUUCAUUACAACACGCCAAAUUUUUUACACCGUACUAUGCGAAAAAAAUGGUCGAACUGGUGCAAGAAACGUUUCCGUUAAGGUUUAAGGGCUUUCACGUGGUAAACGAGCCUUUUUACUUUGAUGCCGUCAUGGCUGUACUCAAACCAUUUUUAAAGGAUAAAAUUAGGAAAAGAAUAUUUCUACAUGGAAGCGAUAUAGAUGCCCUUCACGCUUUUGUAUCAAACGAUAUUUUGCCUUCAGAAUAUGGAGGAGAAACGGGGCCCUUUGAUAAUAGAGGCUGGUACAUGAGACUCCUUGCAGACGAAGAAUAUUUUAAUGAAAUUGGAAACUAUGGGUACAAGACAAGCAAUAAUGAUGAUAAUUAAAAAUAAUGUGUAAUUAUGAACUGCACAUUAUAUGUAGCGCAGUUGUUGAAUUAUUUAAAUAAAUAUUGUAGAUCUGAUCUGUUGUGAUGAUACAUAGUCAUAUUCUUCUUGCAUAUUAUAAGUAUGCAAGAUAUCUUUAAUUUAUUAAAAGACAAAUUUAAGGCUUUAGCAAGCUUAAUUGUCAACAUAUAUUUAAUACAAACAAAGGGUAUAUUUAUUGCUUAAACAAACAUGUGAUAAAUGUUUUUUUAUAUAUUUGUUAUUAAGUUGUGAUAUUUAGAAAAUGUAGGCACGAGUUAAGUAUUAAAAUAAUGUUUAAUAUCAUACGUAAGCUUAAGCCCAAAAUGUGGAGCCUCAUAAGAGAGUUUUUAAAAUUUAAGAUAUUAUUUAUUUUUAUUUUAGAUGUUGUUAUACAAUUUGUAGCUAACUUCU